UAUACUUUCUCUUAUUACAAAACGCGACACAAAUACGCAAGUUCUUCUUUUCUUCCUCUCCAUUAAUCGCUUCUUCGACACACGCUCACUGGAGAAUCCCCCAAAUGGACAAUUACCUCGCCGGAAACUCUCCUCCUCCUCCUCCUCCUCCUCCCAGACCCAAAUGGCGCAAAGUAGCCUACGGAGGGAUGCAGAUCGGAUACGACGACAACUACACCGACGAAACCUUCCUCGAGGAAAUGGUAAUGAACGCCAACGUCGUCCGCCGCGACUUACUCAAAGUGAUGAAAGACUCAGUCUCAAUCUCCCAAUACCUCUGCAUCGUCGCCCUCGUCGUCCUCGUCUGGUUCCACACUCUCCAAUCAUCUCUCGACGAAAGCUCCCUCCUCCUCCUCGAUCUCUCCCUCCUAGCGCUAGGCUUCUUGGUCCUCCUCCUAACCGAAGAGAAAAUGCUCUCUCUGCGCCUCCUCCUGCGCUACGUAAUCAACAUCACGUUCUUCACUACAGGACUCUACGUGUUAGCUCCUGUCUACCAGACGCUGACGAGAUCGAUAAGCUCCGAUUCGAUCUGGGCCGUGACUGUGUCCCUCCUCUUGCUCCAUCUCUUCUUGCACGAUUACUCCGGGUCCACGAUCAGAGCCCCCGGAGCGUUGAAGAGCCCGAGUUUGACGAGCUGUAUAUCGGUUAACGCUUCGGUUGUUGCGUCGGUGUUUGUCGCUUCGAGGCUUCCUUCGAGGGGACAUGUGUUCGCUGUGAUGCUCUUCUCGCUCCAAGUGUUUCUGUUUGCUCCGCUUGUUGCUUACUGCAUCAAGAAGUUCUCGUUUGGGUUGCAUUUGGGCUUCUCGUUUGCGUUGAUGGGUUUGACGCUCUACUCUGUUUAUGCGCUGCAUAGUCUCUUCUUUGUUCUGUUUCUUGUGCUUGUGGUUGUUGUUAAUGUUGUGUGCCCUUAUUGGUUGAUAAGGAUGCAGGAGUAUAAGUUUGAGAUUAAUGGUCCUUGGGAUGAGGCUAAGCUUUGUUUUGAUAUUACUGAUUGAUUAAUUUUUUUUGUAGCUAAACAUUGUUUUGAUAUUAUUCUUUUGUAGUUUGUAUGAGUGAUAUUUAAUA